GGGGAUAAGACUCGCCGCGUGGAAACUCCCAGGAUGGAAAGGCUUGACAGGUGCUUCUUCCCACGAGGCAGCGUAGUCUUGGCUGGACAGCGACACGGCGGGAAGUCGAUGACUCUCUUCUCGGCUCAGGCGGAUUUAAUUACUAGCUCCUGAGCCAUCCUGGUUGGCCUUCUGUGAAGUAGUUCCAGUUCUUCUGAAUCCUUCUUAAAUGGUGGUCUUCUGAACUGUAUUUAAUACUUGAGGUGAAAUCUCACCAGUGCAGGUAUAUUUGUAAUGCCUUGCAAUGCCAAAUUUCCUGCUUGUUAUUGCAACAGUGAUCAUUUUCAAAAUAGUGCACAUGUCUUGAUUCUUGUUUCAAAAGAAUAAAAAACAUGUUACGCUGUGAAUACUGAGUGGAAGGACAGAGAUUUCUUGAGUAACAUGUCAAAUGUAGAGGUAGAAUGAAAAGUGUGGUAAGAGUAAGGAAUGCAGUUUGACUGGAAAGAUGGAAGCAUCACUGUCAACUUGACGUAACCUUACAGUUUAUUUGUGGAUACCUAGAUUCUCUUGUACUCUAUUCCACCCUGCUGUUGUUUAUUAUAAAGUUUUACUUUAAAGGCAUUUUCUUAUGAAACAUUAGUGGUGGGUAUUUGGUUGACCAAAAAAAGGAUGUUUCCCGAGAAGCCAAAUGUUGGAUAAAUAUUUUUAAAAGUCAUUUUACUGAAAUAGUACAUCUGAAACAAUCUAAUUAGUAAAGUUUUAUUGUGAAAUUAUGAAUUGAUUAACUACUACAAAGUUUAAUGAGUCUGUAGAUGCAAUUAAUUUACGGUGCUGCAUCUGCUCUCUAGUUAUCAAGCACUUCAAUGUUUAAAAAAGGAAAUAAAAAUUUGUAUAUAUGAUUACUAAAUAAAAGCUGGGUUUUUAAGGAAAAAUUAUGCUAAGGAGGAAUUUAUGCUGCAACUCAGCAGCAGAUAAAUAGUUCAAAUUUAGUCAGUAUGAUAGUUUCAUACAAGAGUAUAGUGCCACAAGUGGUUAGGAUGCUGGGCAGGAGGUUAGCAAGCCCAUGUUCGAGACCCCGAGAGCGGCCAAGGGGUGGGGUUGAGCUCUUGUCUUUCACUCUAGCUCCUGCUGGGGAUAUGAAAGGAGCCCCCAACUGGGCAUUCCCAGGGCAAAGGUAGCUAAUCCUUUCAGUCCAGAUGUGCCUUGGGGCUUCUGACUCAAGUGCAAAAAAAAUAUUAAGCUUCAUGGAAUAAUUUACUCUAGUCAAGUAUCGAUUCAGCUGAUAAUAUUUAAAAUUUAAAAUGGAAGAUAUUUGCAUCUUUGACAUUUUAAUUCAUCUAUGUCCCCCACCCCAUGGAUGAUGUUUUACUGGUUGACCAGCAUGACAAUCCCAGUAAAGUACGGGUCCCCAAAGUGAUCAAUAUUGACUUCCAAUGGUCAAUGUGACUAUUCAAAGUAAUUAUUACUCAUAAUACUUAAAGUAUUAUGGUACUUUAAGUAUUACUCAUAAUACUUAAAGUAGCAUGGGGUUCAACGAACAAUGUGGAAUUUCAUGAAGGGGUCAAUAAGAUGAAAAGUGUGGGGAUCUCUUCAGUAAAUCUUUAGCAUAUUUAAUGUCCUUUUAAUAAAUUAAUUCUGGGUCAUGGGUUCAUGUCUAAGAGGUUUGAGCUUGUGGCUAUUAUCUUUAUAAACUCAAACUCUGACCAGAUGGAAGUAUUUAUUUUCCAGCUGCCACUUGGUGUCCAAGAGAAGCAGUCUAUUGUAGUGGACUGAAUGUAGUGCUAAGGACAAAAAUGAGAGACAGACUCUUGGAGUUUUAUGAAUUAUCUAGGCUGCACAGCCAACAUACUGGAGAUGCUGAGGAUGACUUUCAAAGACCUCAUGAAAUACUUCUUUUUGAAACUGAUCAUGCCGUAGCAAAUCUUUACAAAAACAUUCACGAGAUUCGAACAAACAAUCACCGUCUGAAGGAAGAUGUGAGACGCUUGGGAAAACAAAACAGUCGCUUCCUGACAUCAAUGCGUCGUUUCAGUAGCAUAAAGCGAGACACAAAUACCAUAGCAAAGGACAUUAAGGUCCGUGGGGAAGAGAUCCACAGAAAACUUCAGGUUCUGAGAGAUCUGAGUGAAGAUGCAGAAACAAAAUACGGUGAAAAUGCAAUUGUAACCCGUGUGUGCAAGGACCAUUAUGUCGAUCUCAUGCAUGCUUUUCAGGAAGCCAUGUUUAAUUACAAUGAAACUGAGAUGAAAGAGCGAGACAAUUGCAAAGUUAGGAUUCAGCGGCAGCUGGAAAUCAUGGGCAAAGAAGUGUCUGGAAACCAGAUAGAGGAUAUAAUUGAGCAAGGCCGCUGGGAUGUAUUCUCUGAGAACCUGCUGUCUGACACAAAAGGAGCUCGCUCUGCCUUGAAUGAGAUAGAAACCCGGCACAAAGAGCUGAUGAAGCUUGAAUCUCGAAUUAAAGAAGUCCAUGAACUUUUCCUACAGGUGGCAUUGCUGGUGGAAGAGCAGGCCGACACCUUUGAUGUCAUUGCGUUCAACAUGCAGAAUGUCCAAGAAUAUGUUGGAGAAGCUAAAGACGAAGUGAGGAGAGCACUUGAAUAUCGGAGAAAACAUCCUUGCCGAACAAUCCUUUGCUGCUGUUUAUCAUGCCUUAAAGGCUAACUACCUUCUUGAAGCCACUAGAUCAGUGUUAUGGGAAUGCUUAUAAUUUGUGCUCAUCUCUUUAUGGUUAUCAUAUUUGUUAUUAAUUAUAUAUGUGUAUGUUUCUUAUGAAAACCAAAGGACAGUAGCAGUAUGGUACAUACCAAAGUUGGGAACCUGUGACUCCAUAGAUGUUGUUGGACUACAUCAUAUCUGACAAUUAGCUAUGCUGGUGGAUUGAAGUUGGAAUCUGAAAACAUCUAAAGGGCCACAGAUUCCUACCCACUCAUAUAUUUCAACUUAUGUAAUAAGAAACAAGAUUACCAACCCCCACAUUGCUACCAAAAUGAAAGGCAUACCAGAACCUAUGUAAAACCACGGGAAAUUUUGAUGAGGUGGGUAAUAAAUUAUUCCCAAAUAAAUACAUCCUAUGGAUUUUUAAGAGAGCAAUUGCAAUUGCCAGUUUUUUUUUUCUUGGAGAAAAUAAAUAUGGAAGAAAUUAUGAACCCUAAUUAUAAAUUAUAUAUAAACUGUAUUACAUGGAUAAUGCAGUUUAGACAUCUCGUACUCAUAGUUGAGUUUAGAGUUUUGAUAAAAGAUUUCCUAUAAGGUAUACAUUUCUAAAAUGCAUUGUUAUAAAAUUACAUGAGAAAAAUAUUUAUCCUAAUUAUUAUAUAAAGAAAGUCCUUUGCUUUUUACCCCAUAGUUUAGAUUGUCAGGGAGAAACUUGUUGGUAAUGGAACCAAAGUACAGUCCCCAAUAUUUGAAAAUGUGGUCUCAUUUACACAAUAUGUCAAAGUUAGAUUGGAGCUAUUAUCUCUGUAGCUAAUAGCAGUCUGGAAGUCUUACAGGAAUGACAAAUAGAGGGGAUCAGAAAUCAGACAUUGUGAAAUUGUGUGGCUGUUUCUUGUGCUGGCAUGCAAAAUGUGCAGCCUAGGGACUGCCUGCAACCUGCUAGCAUCCCUUUUGUGGCCUCAGCAGAUCCCUGAAGGAGAUGGGAUUUGACUCAUUCUUUAGCCUUUGUCUGAAUUUUAGCAAUCUGUGUCUGAGGAAGCAAAAGGGAUGCUUUCAUCUGUAUAUUGGCUGGGGUGUAGGGGAGAUUAGAAAAAACCCAUUAAGUCAAAAAGAAACAUCCAAAGCAAUAGAUCUUCCAUGCUUAAGAUUUGUUUUAGUCACGCUAGUUUAUCUGUCUGUUUGAGGAUAAUCAGAGCAGAAAAAGCUGAAACCAAGAAUCUCCUUCAUUUAAUUGUUGAAAGACCAGCUUCAAAAAAAAAAAAAAAAAAAAAAGGAUUCAUUCAUAAGUCUGAGACUUGUGGGUAAAAUUCAUGUUUUCAGUGUAUCACGUUUCUUCAGACAAAUGUAAAUAAGUAAUAUAAAUUUGGUUGCAGUAUUUUGUAAGUUUAUGAUAAUUAAAUCACUAAUUAAAAUAUUUUUCCAAAAAUUGAUAAGUUUUUCAUUUAUAUACUUGCACCUUCUUUUUUAAAUGAGUAAUCACCAUUUUUAAACAAUGAAUUUUUCAAAGCGUUCGGUUACUGAAAUUUAUGCUUUUUUGUUAAACAGAUAAACAAAACAUUAGAAAUGAGAGUCUUCUACUCUCUUACAUAUGAAAACAGUGGUGGGAUUUAGCCAGUUCGCACCACUUUGGGAGAACCGGUUAUUAACUUUCUGAGCAGUUUGGUGAACUGGUUGUUGGAAGAAAUCAUUAAGGCAGAGAACCGGUUGUUAAAUUAUUUGAAUCCCACCACUGAAAAAAAUCAGAUUCAGAGCAAAACAUUUGUUGUUGUCAUUAUGAUUACUGUCAUCCUACAAAUCUGUCAUCAUUACCUACAAAUCUUUGGGUUAUCAAUAUUGUAUGAAUUCUAUAGAAGAAUAGUGGGGUAGGCAUCUGUGGAUCCAAUUUGUUUUUUUAACUGGAACACUAAGAUCCAUUAACUAAUAAAUAAUGACGUUGAAGGAAAUGCAUAUUUCUUCUUCCACACAUACAUAAUUACUUUUCUCUGUCUCCACCUUUUAUUCAUUUCAGCAGUAAUACACAAUUUAAAUGGAAAGAUUGUGGGGGCUACAUAGCUGCUGAUUAAGUAAUGAGUCAGAAAUUCUUGCUGAUCUGUGUAAAUCCUCCAGAGAUCUAUUAGCUGUCCACACUGUAGAGCACAGGAUCUUAUUAACACAUCUUGCUAAAUUGUUUGUUUGGUUUUGACUUUGUAUAUUGUGUCAACCGAACCAUUUGUGAUUCCUUCUGUAGACCUUGGUUAAGCCAUUACUCAGUGUAAUGUGUGUGUUCUGAAUGUGUAUUCUGUACCAUAUCUGAAAUUCAGUGUGUGUAGUAAUAAAACAUACAUAUAUUAUUAUUUCA